AUGGAGAUCGCAUUGGACCUGCUUGCUCGAGCCCGAGGGAACGCCUACGUGGCCGUUACCGUCGCUGUAUUGUCGCUGGUUGUCUUCUUCUACUUCAACUAUAGCACUCAGCCGUUCCGAGGUAUUCCCUACGUCGGGGGUCCAAAAUGGGACAUUCUCAACAUUAAGGCACAAUAUCGUUUCGUGACGGACUGUAAGAAUCUCAUCAAAGAGGGUCUUCAGAAGAUUAUUGGCUACGUGCCCAUCACCGUCUUGCCCCCAAGAUAUGUCCCGCUUAUCAAGGACCACCCGAACCUGGAUUUCGGAAAGUCCGCCGAGAGAAGGCUAUUUGGGCAAUACCCAGGCUUGGACUGGGCGCACAAGAUCAAUGAGGACCGUAUCUUCCAGGAAUCUCUGAGAAUUAACAUGACACAGUAUCUCAAAUGGACCUCAUACACCUUUGGCAAAGACGCCGCAGAAAUGGGCGUGCGCCUCUCAACCCUCGUCUUCCUCGGCAAGAGAUUCACAAAGAACAAGGAGUGGCUCUACAUCUGCACCCAAUACCCGCAAGGCAUCUUCGGCGCUAUCGGCGGGCUGCUCUCCACUCCCAAGUUCCUCCGGCCCGCUCUCUACCGCUUCCUGCCCCAGAUCAUCGCCCUGAAAAAAUACGGCGAGGUCGCCAGGACACUCAUUGUUCCCGAGAUCGAGGAGCGGCGGCGGCUGCGUGAUGCCGGCGCUGAUGUCAAGUUCAAUGACGCGCUAGAGUGGUACUACAAGAACUCGUCCAAGCGUGGUAAGGAGGAGGAUUUUGAUGCCGUGAGCGCUAUGAUCUCGCUUGCAUUUGCGUCUACACACACGACUGUCGAUUUGCUGUGUAAUGUUCUGUAUGACCUGGCGGCUCACCCUGAGUGCAUCAGUCCGAUGAGGGAAGAGAUUGAUAAGGUGCUCACCGAGGACGGGGGCUGGAAGAAGACGACGUUGUAUAAGAUGAGACUGAUGGAUAGUUUCUUGAAGGAGACGCAACGGAUGAACCCCGUUCAGCUGAACGGCACCCGACUGCCCAAGGGCUCGCUCCUCGCGGUCUCGCUCGAGGGGCUUCGCGACGCCUCGCAAUUCGAAAAUCCAAACGUCUUUGACGGCUUCCGCUUCGCACGCAAGAGGCAGGAGCCGGGCCAGGAAAACCAGUGGCAGUUCACGUCAACGCGCAAUGAAUUUCCCUCGUUCGGGCAUGGGCAGUGGUCCUGCCCCGGUAGAUUCCUGGUAGCCAACGAGCUCAAGAUCUUUUUGGCGGAGCUGCUGUUGCGGUAUGAUGUCGGGUACCCGGCGGGGGUGACGCGGCCUCCGUGUACAUGGUUUGCUACGGAGAGUCAGGUAAAUAUGGAGACGCCGCUUGUGUUUAGGUUGAGGGAAAGGGCGUGA